AUGUUUACUGGCUACAACAACAAGAAGCGAGUCACAGAGCGCUACAAGAUUGUCGGCUUCAUCAGCAGCGGUACCUAUGGGCGCGUCUACAAAGCCGAGGGCAAGAAUGGCCGCACCGGCGAGUUCGCCAUCAAGAAGUUCAAGCCGGACAAAGAAGGCGAACUCCAAUACUCUGGCAUUUCGCAAUCAGCCAUACGCGAGAUGGCACUGUGUACUGAGCUCGCGCAUCCCAACGUCGUGCACACCGUAGAGAUCAUCCUGGAGGACAAGUGUAUCUACAUCGUCUUCGAAUAUGCCGAACACGAUUUACUGCAGAUCAUUCACCACCAUAAUCAACCUCAACGGCAGGCGAUACCUGCACCGACCAUCAAGUCUAUUCUUUAUCAGCUGCUGCAGGGACUGGUCUACCUGCACCGGAAUUGGGUCAUGCACCGCGAUCUCAAGCCUGCUAACAUCAUGGUCACCAGUGCUGGCAAAGUCAAAAUAGGCGACUUGGGUCUUGCUCGCUUGUUCUACAAACCGCUACAAUCACUCUUCUCAGGCGACAAGGUCGUCGUGACAAUAUGGUAUCGCGCACCUGAGCUCCUUCUCGGUAGUCGUCACUACACUCCUGCAGUCGAUCUGUGGGCGGUGGGGUGCAUCUUUGCUGAACUGCUAUCCCUACGGCCCAUCUUCAAAGGAGAGGAGGCAAAGAUGGACAGCAAGAAGACGGUCCCGUUCCAGCGCAACCAGAUGCAGAAGAUAGUCGAGAUCAUGGGCAUGCCAAGCAAAGAUCGGUGGCCGCUACUGACGGCCAUGCCCGAACAUCCUCAGCUCUCGUCCCUGGCCUCAGGCAACGCUGCACGAUUUCCGCGUCCUCAAGGUGGCGAUGGCUUAGAACGAUGGUAUCACCAGACCCUCAACAACAACCAGUAUCCAAUAGGCUCUGGACCAGAUACACCUGGACCCGAAGGACUCUCGCUGCUCAAACAGCUGCUUGAGUACGACCCCCAGAAACGACUCACAGCGGAGAAAGCGCUGUCACAUCCCUACUUCACCGUUCACGGCAAACCAGCCGACAGCUGCUUCGAGGACUCGAAGAUCAAGUACCCCGUCAGGAGGGUCAGCCAGGAGGACAACGAUAUCCGCACGUCUAGUCUACCAGGUACUAAGAGGAGUGGCCUUCCGGACGACUCAAUCAUUGGACGUCCCGCCAAACGUCUCAAGGAAGGAUGA